CAUUUCCCUCCACAGCACGGAGACAGAAUGGUCCGACCGUUAGGCCGUUAUAGCCGUUGGAUUUCGACGUUCUCAAGACUGAAUUCCCAGAAGAAGUCACUUUUCGCGUGCUUUUUCUUCACCACAGGUACCGAGCCGACUCGCCCUCAACCUUCUCCGCCGCCCAUCCGAGUCUCGUUCACCGAGUCAGCCGGCAGAGGCGUGUUCGCCACCCGCCGAAUAGGAGCCGGAGAUCUCAUACACACGGCCAAACCCCUCGUCUCUCACCCCUCUCUCUCUGCCGUCCACGGCGUCUGCUAUUUUUGCCUCAAGAAGCUCCCGAACACAUCUUCGGAUUCUCAACCUCAGUGUGUUCAGUUCUGCAGCCAAGAAUGCAGGGAACAAUCCACGGUAUUUUAUGAAGUCGAGAGGAAAGCAGAUUGGUCGAUCUAUGAUAACUAUUGCAGAAUUCGAGGGUUGAAAUAUCCACUCUUGGUAAAGCGGUUGGCUUGCAUGGUUAUAUCUGGAGUAGCAUCUGCCGACUGUCUUGACAUACUUCAACCUGCUAGUUUGUCCCCUGGGAUGAAAGCAGAGAUGGAAGAGGAGUUUGGCUUGCUAAGGAGUGCCUUCACAAGGGCAAAUGUGACAGACAAACAGAUGGCUUUCCUAACCAGUCAAUGGUACACAAAUGCGCUGGCUAGGAUUCGAAUUAAUGCAUUUCGCAUCGAAUUUGCUGGGGGAUUGUAUGAAGAUCUCAUUUCAUUGGCUGCAGCCUCUGUAGAAGCGGAAGCUGCUGUUGGAAAUGCAGUUUAUAUCCUUCCAUCCUUCUACAAUCACGAUUGCGAUCCCAAUGCUCACAUUGUGUGGAUAGAGAACGUGGAUGCCAGAUUGAAGGCACUCCGAGAUAUUGAAUCAGGUGAAGAGCUGCGGAUAUGCUACAUCGAUGCGAGUAUGGAUCAUGAUGCGAGGCAGGGCCUGCUGUCCGAAGGAUUCGGUUUUCAGUGCUGUUGUUUUCGUUGUUUGGCGGGUGACUGAGAGACUGAAUAUUCUGUUUUCUUCCAACUUUGAUGGAAUGGAUUUUAAUUCAAUAAAUUUACAGCUGAAAACACAGCUUAUGAAUGGGAUAUUUUUUUGGGGGUUUCUGCUUUGCUCUCUAUUGUUCCAUUACCUUUGCUUUGCUCUUUGUACAUUGUAGAUAUUUUUUUUCAAAAACAGAUAAUAGUUUUUUCUUUUG